AAACAGUGUUGCCAGUCAGUGUAGCUUGUCGUAACAUUUACAGUAGCAGUGUACAACAUAUUUGAGCAUUUACAGCACUGUUAUUUCUCAGACAAAUUAUAAGAAGUGUAAAUGUUUUUUCUUACUACCAGAAUCAAGCUCCACUUUAUCCAAGGAAUAGUUUGAGUUGAUGGUAAAAUCUCAACUUAUUAUUAACAGCACAACAUCACAUGGUUCUCCCCUCAAGGUGGAGGAACUGUAACAGCUUUCAAAUGUCUUGGUACAGGAUACGUGUCUGUUUUCUCACAGAAAGGGUUUGAGGAGAAGAUGUAUGAACAAGUUUUAGGAAACCUGCCAAAAAUACUACAACUAUGUGGGCAGAAAAAGCAGCACUGAGUCAUAUAGCAAAAGUAGAUGACUUCUUCACACCCAUAAUUACACAACCAAAUCAGUUCAUGAAAGAGGUCGGUUUAAUUAGUGUUUGCUGUGUCGUGAUGGAGUAAACAUGUGGCUUGAAAUGACAUUCAUUACACACGCAACUGUCAUUAUUGUUUUGAGAGUCUCUUUCUAAAAAUAGUCUGUACUCUUUGUCUCAUCUUUUCUUUAUACUUAUGUGUUUAGAAACACCACAGGUAUCUGAGGUGUCUCUGUAAACACACAGAAGACUACAUUUUUAAAAAUGCUGACAGGGCAACAACUGUGAGCUAAUUUUACUCACAAAAACGUUACCCACCUCAUAUAUACCGACAACAAAUAUUGACUCUGGAGUCAUUCUGGUGAUAUAAAUCUUGUGAAAUGAAAAGUUGUGUUUUCCAAAUUAGUUGUUUUUUGUUUUUGUUUGUUUUUUAACCUUUUUUUCCCUUUGGUUUUGUCUGUCUGUGUUUCUUGCUGUGCUUUUAAUGUGUUUAUCUAUUAUACUGCAAUUAAACUAAAAUCAGUGCCGAUUAGGAAAUGGAUAUGGCCUGGAGAGAGCAAACACUUUACCCAGAAGCCAUCAGAGGCGAACACACAGAAUGUGAAGAUGCCACAUUCUGUCAACUCCUUCCCUACAGAAACUCUCAUCUCGCAAACCUUCUCUUUGGACUUCUUCUCUACCAGCGAACGCCCUACAGAGCCAUUCGCAGCAGGCAGCUUCAUCCCCAGCGUCAGUAACAUCAGCAACAUCAGCGGGUUAGGCGGCCUUCGCUGCACCUAUAAGGAAGACUUUAAACGUAUUUUACUCCCUGCUGUGUACACCCUUGUCUUCUUGCUCGGCCUUCCUCUCAAUGCUGCUGUCAUACUGAAGAUAUGGAGGACUCGGCCCAAUAUGUCCAAAAACAACAUCUAUAUGCUCAACUUGGCCAUAGCCGACUUUCUGUAUGUGAUGUCACUUCCCUUGCUCAUCUACAACUACGGCAGUCAUGACUACUGGCCCUUUGGGGAGUUUGCCUGUAAACUGGUCAGGUUUCAGUUCUACAGUAAUCUGCAUGGCAGCAUCCUCUUCCUCACCUGCAUCAGUGUGCAGCGCUAUGUGGGCAUUUGCCAUCCUCUCGCUAUGUGGCCCACGCAAGGUGGUCGCAGGUUGGCGUGGUGUAUCUGUGGAGGUGUAUGGCUGGUGGUCGUAGUCCUGUGUGCGCCAACUUUUCACUUCGCUGCGACGGGAAUCCAGCGAAACCGCACAGUGUGUUAUGAUUUAAGUACGCCAAAGCACUCAGUACACUACUAUCCUUACGGCAUGGCUCUGACCUGCCUCGGCUUCUUGUUGCCUUUUAUGGGGGUGAUGGUGUGCUACUGUCGGAUGGCCCACAUCCUCUGUCGCCCAGUGUCCUACCAGGGUGUCUCCAUGGCGACUGGGGAGAAACGGGACAAGGCGGUGAGGAUGAUCAUUGUGGUGAUGGCUGUGUUCUGCAUUAGCUUCCUGCCAUUUCACCUCACCAAGACCAUGUACCUGGUGGUGCGUGCUCUGCCUGGUGUGCCCUGCAAGACAAGAAACUUGUUUUCAAUCAUCUAUAAGAGCACCAGACCGUUUGCCAGCAUGAACAGCUUCCUGGACCCUAUUCUGUUUUACUUCACCCAGCCACGCUACCGCCAAAGCACCAGAAGGUUUGUGCUCAGAGUCACCACCCUCAAGGACAAGGGUACCAGUGUGUGAGCGAACAGCAGAUCAUAUACUGCAACACUAUUUCUUAAAGCCUUGUUGCUACACCAGUGGUGGAUCCUGUGCAUGUUCUAAUUUAAGCUGCAGUCCUUUAUGCUUUUACCUACUACUCACUGUAACAAAAAACUGUACCUUCCUAAGAGGCUCUGAAAGAGAUUUAGAGGUACUGGCAUAUAAACAAGCCUUCUGAAAUGAAACAUGAAGGUUGUAAUCUUGUAAUAUGAAAGGUAAACAUAGACUGAGAAUCCUAGGAGGAGAAAUUCCCAGAGUUGAAAUGAAAAUCCAUAUUCUCAUCUUACUCGUAUAUCUCUUGAAUUGGCACUGACAGACUACAGGUGUAUUUCUCAUUGAGAUUCCUGAUUCUGUAUUGUCUGUAUUUUAUUAAAUAUUGUGGCUGAGGAGUACUGUAUAUGUACUAUGCAUGUAAAUGCUGAUUAUAUCGUCAGCAGACCAGGGCAUUCACAUCCUGCAUUGUCCCUGUUAUCUGUGAAAUGUUUACUAUCAGUCUCUGCUGUGCACUGGGUAGUAAAGGAUAAACAUUUCUCAUUUUUGUUUCACACUGUGAACUGCAGUAUAAUAGAAAUGCUCUAAAAUUAUGAAAUAAUGAGGGGUGUCUCCACAGUUUAUAUCAAGGUAUAGAUGAAAGAUGAUUUUGAGAUAUGUGUGGUGUGGAGGUAUAAAUGGUUAAAGAGAAGAGAAGGAAGAUCAAUAAAUGUCUUUUUUAGGAUGAAAUCCGCUAUGACAUAAAGCCAUGUAAAAUGCCCAAAGUGAUUGUAAAUGUUUAUUACUGCAUGUUAGAAUUGCAUGAUGCACUUGUGUGUGUGGUAAUGAACUGCUGUUUGGUGGGGGGAAACAUGCCUCACAAACAUAUGAUUGCAAAAACAUGGCAGUUAAAACAAGUAGUGAGAGCAAGACUGAAAAUGAAAAAUGUAUUUGUGUAUUUUUAUAUGGAGUAAUUACACUUUCAAAUGGAGGUUUCUACUGUUUUUUCCCCAAAAAGUGACACGUUGUUUCAACACUAUCCAAGUUGUAAGGCUUGUUGUUGCAUGUUUUCACCACUGGAUGGUGUGUGCACCCCACUGCACUGAAAUGUUGGCUCUGUUCUUUCUGAAAAUGGUAUGAUUAUUAAAAUUAUCCAGUAAGGAUGAGCUCUUAGCUGCUAUGAUCAGAGAUAAACCGAUGCAAGAAAACUUAAAUAUCCUGCUCAUACCACACUAAAAUAGGCCGUGAGUCCAUGGCUUUCUCCACAUGUUCUUUAACUUCUUCAUUGAACAAAGGAAAUCCAUUCAAAAGUCUGUUCCAUCACAAUACAUUUAAAAAAAUCCGUAUCAGAUGCAUUAGAUGCUUAGAGAGAAGGAAAAAUGCGAUUUAUGGACUUCAGGGCUGGGUCUAAAUUAAGGCUCAACCCUGCGGUUUUCCACUUCCUGUGAGUGUGUGAACCCUUCCCAUGAAAUUAGGAAUUCUGUUCCAAGAAAUCACCUCUGUUGAUGGAUACAAUACAGUCUAAUUCUGCUAUUCUUAUGGAGUUAUACUGAGUUUAUGAUUUGGUAAUGUGUUAUGUUCAUUUCAUGAACAUAAAUGCAGAUUGAGUUGUUAAAUGGGCAUAUUAAUGUGUAGUAAUUUAUUUGUUGUAACUGCGUUUUGCUGUAGCUUAAUGCAAAUUUAACUUAAAAUUUUAAUGAUUUUGCUAGUACUUAUUUUUCCGGUUACUUUUGCAUGUUGUCUUUCAGACACACACUGUAAAGAAAACAGUGGAAUUCAUUUCAUAUGCAGAGGUCUUAUUCCCUUAAGGCUUAGUGGAUCUUGCACAAAUUUGACCGGAUUUUGCAUUGUAUUUAUGCAGGUAAUUGUGGCAUUUAGCUGAUACACUUACUGCCAACAUAAAUGAAUCUUGAUUAUAAAAUGUGCCAGAGGUGGGUAAUGGUGGUUUAGUGCUGAAUGUGUUAAGUAAUUUAGUGUCUUUUAAUCGAUAACGGAAAUUACUAAAAUAAUCCUUAAUUCUGAUUUUUAAAUGCAUUUAAUUUGCCAACAGCCUUUGAAUUGCUCUGAAGCCACUGUAACACACAACCUUUUGGCAGCUUUACUACCUAAACACUUGAUUCAAACUUGCAACUAUAGUUUGGGUUUUGCACCCAUGAGGGAACAAAUGUUGUGUGUAUCAGUUUAAUGUGAACAUGUAAUUUUCAUGCAUUUUAAAUGCAAGGAACAUUUUGACCACAGUAUGUGGUCAUGUGUUUAGAAAUGUAAGGAACUUCUUAACGUAUGCGUGUCUGUACAGUAUGCAGCUUCAGUAAUGUAGUAAUAUACUGUAUGUUGUGCUUCAGCAAAAAGUGACUGCGCAGGUCUUGUUGUUUAUGUGUCUGUUUGGUCAAAUAUUUGUGAUGUCUAGUUUAUUUUGUCUGAAAUGUGUCACGUGUGUUUGUGUCAGUUUAGAGAGAUCCGGAUGUCUGUGCACUGUGCCAACAUAUCUGUGUCAAUCAGUAUUAUUUAGAAGAAAUCUUAUUUUUGCAAAAUACUUUAACAUAGAGUAGUAUGAGGAAUAGAUUUAUAUUUUUGUUAUAUAGAUAUAAUUAUGUUGAUGAAAAAGUAACAUUUGUGUUUUUGUAUAUAUUUUUUAUUUUAUUUUAUGGAGGUUUUUUUCCCCUCUUACCAUGCAGCCAUGUUGAGUUGCUUGUGAAAAUGUUUUGGAUGUUGUCACAAUGUAAAACUAACUGAAAACAGCCAUUAAAAAAGUCAUGCAGCCUGUCAUGAGUGCCUUUACGUCA